AUGGCACUGGAUGCAAUAAAGCUUAAAGUACAAGAAUGUGGAGAUCAAAACAAAAAGCUACACUUAUGCAUGAUUCAUGAUGAAAUUUCAAUUAAGCAGCAUAUAUCCUGGAGUGAGAAUGAAAAUAAGUUUAAGGGAUUCUGCACAAUAGCAAAUGCAAGUGAUGAAGGAAAAAGACUUUCAGUAGCUAAAGAUGCUUUGGUGUAUAUGGCCGUAGGGCCUGAUUUUCGAAUAGCGGUUGCUUAUUUCCUGCUAAAUGGUCUUCAAGGUGUUGACAGAGCUGCUUUGAGUGAAGAAGUGAUAAGAGCAGUUGAAAAUACUGGAGCUAUUGUCCCUUCAUUGACUGGAGAUGGUUUGCCGGCAAACAUCACAUCUUAUGAAUUGCUUGGUGCGGACUUUAAGUCCGAUAAACCAUAUUUCCCCAGCCCAAAUGAUUCAGACAGGAAAAUCUACAUAAUCCACGAUCCACCUCAUAUGCUAAAGAUUAUUCGCAAAGAUUUUUCAACCCGCAAACUGUAUCACAAAGAUGAACUGUUGAAUUGGAAUCUAUUGGCAGCGAAACAAGAUGCUGACAAUUUUGGUUUGGGGAAUAAGCUGACACAACGUCGGCAUAUUAACUGGAAAAUAUCACCAAUGACUGUUCGAUAUGCGGCUGAAACUAUGAGCAAUGGUGUUGCUGAUGUAUUGGAACAGCUAUGUGAAGAUAAAUAUGCAGGUUUUGAAAAGUGUGAAUCUACCGUUAAAUUAAUUCGACUGAGUAAUAAUAUAUUUGAUGUAUUAAACUAUGGCGAAGGGAAAAGAACGAACAAUCAAUUCAAACAACCCAUCUGUCAAUCAACUUUGCCCGCUAUUCUCGAAUUAUUCGAAGAGUUCAGAAAAUUUGUGGAUGAAUUAUCAGUCGAAAUAGUGAAAAAAAAUGGAACAUCGAUGAAAAGAAGCAUAAAAAGCAAGUUUGUAGGCUUCUUUGGCUUCUUGCAGAAUAUGAUUAGUCUCAUUGGUAUUUACAGUGAUUACAUGACGACGCCUGACUCACCUGAUAAAUUCUUCACGUUCCAAUUUAGUCAGGACAAUUUAGAGACAUAUUUUUCAUUGAUAAGAAGUAGCCUUGGAGCCAAUUCGAACCCAAAUGCGCAGCAAUUCAUGGCCGCGUAUCGGAAAUUAUUGAUUUGUAUGCCCCACAUGUCUUCGAAACACACCAACUGUAAUUACUUCGAAGUUUCGGAGAUACUAACGGUUCCUUCCACUCAAACGCCGAACAUGCCAUCACACAUUGAAAUCAUCAGCGUAAAAGAAAUUGAGAUAGACACAGAUUAUCAAACGAUGAUAACAGCAGAAAUGGAUCCAUAUGAGGAACACAUGUGCGCGUAUGUGUCAUCAUUAGUUGAAGCAAAUGUAUUACGAAAAAUUAAAGCGCAAUCGGUGUCCGCUUGCCAGGAUUGUGAGCUGUUGGCACAGCCUUGUUGCAGCACACGCAAUAUAAUUGUGAUUUGUGAAGCUGUUUUCAAAAUUCUUCAAGACAAAGAACACAUUGACUACAAGGUUAUCA